AUGGAACCGGUCCCCGUGAGAAGGAUGGCGUCUACAAUAUCACUUGGGUGCUCGAAUUCGGGGUUCCAGAUCGGUCUGAACCAUGGCUCGGUCGUCAAUAACUUCCACCCGUCCAUUGAAGGACCCAAGGAAAAGGACCAUAGAACAUGUCUUGAAAAUCUGUUCGUCACCGACCCGGAAGAGGAUCUCAAUAUGUGGAAGCGGAGGAAAGGACCUCGUACCUCAGGGACCUUCAGCUGGUUCUUGGAAUCAGUAGAGGUCAUAUCUUGGUUUCGGCAGGCAAAGGCCGCAACCAAUAUAGAACAAAACGUCAUGUGGCUACACGGCAAUCCGGGAAUCGGCAAAUCCACAAUGGCCAUGAUGCUUGCUGAAGAAUUACCCAAGAAGGGUUAUUUUUCUAGAACUGAUAGUAUUCUCUCGUUUUUUUUCUGUGAUUCCAGCUCUGAGAAUCACAGAACGGCAACUUCUGUGUUACGAGGUCUCCUGUACCAAAUCAUUAAGAAACAUCCAUCGUUCAUGGAACAAAUAAUGCCAAGAUAUGAAGCUCAGGGAAAGCGUCUUUUCACGUCAUUUGACGCACUUUGGGCGGUACUAAUGGACUUCGGCCGAGCGUUGAACGGUACCGAGAUAUACUGCAUUAUCGACGCUCUCGAUGAAUGUGAUACUGAAUCGCAAGAUACACUACUUGAACAAAUUCAUCAAUCAUUCAAACAAUCGAAUGAGACCAGUCUGGUCGCAUGCAAAAUUCAUUUUUUAAUCAUCAGUCGUCCGUACCCCGAGAUCCAGUUUUUUCUAUCCACCUUUCGAUCUGUUGAUCUCGGCUCGUGCAAGGAGAUAGCCAAUGACUUAAGAGCCAUGAUUCAAGAUAAAGUACAGGACCUUGCAAAGCGGAAGAAAUAUCCUGAGUCUGUUAUGCAGAAGGUGCCACGAAUAUUGGAAGAGAAGGCGGACGGAACAUUUCUAUGGGUUGGAAUUGCCUGUCGCGACUUGCAUGGGAUACCUUCAAGCAGGGCAGUUGAGACGCUACUGGCUAAGCCUCGUGGAUUGUAUCCUUUAUAUCAAAAUCUGCUCAGUGCAGCGGUCGAGGCCAACAACUCACAUGAUGAUUCACAACUGAAGAUGUUGUUGAUAAUAGUCACAUUUUCGUUGCGACCACUGAAGAUAGCGGAAAUAGCCGAAGCAUGUCGAUUAUACUUGGAUGAGGAUAUCAGGACUCGCCUCCAGUUCACCAAAGAGGUCAUUGAGUCGUGCCACUUCUUGAUUGUCAUCGAUAAAAGCUACGUGCGACUGCUGCAUAGGUCUGUCCAAGAUUUUCUCAUGACUGAGAUGGAUAAUUUCACAGCUGUGAAAUCCAAUCUUGUUCUGUCAUAUCGCUGCAUUGAGCUGAUUUCCCAAUAUUGUCGGCCCGGUAUGGACAAGUCAGUUAUGGAGCCGACUUACGGAUUUCUGGGUUAUUCUGUACUGUAUUGGCCGAAGCAUGCAAGCUUGGCCGAAACAGAAUUUACUGCCCUUGAAGAACAUGGAAAUUUCUUCCAAAACAAGUUCGAGACAUGGAAAUGCUGGCUGGAAAACUAUAACCAUUUGAAAAGAGGAUCAUGGGGUGCUUUAGGAACAGGAAUAUCUGUCAGUCAUGUCGCAGCUCGAUGGGGAAUUAUACCCCUCCUCUUGACCGCCCCUCAAGGUGCAUGGGAAGACAACGAUGACCACGGACAGUCGCCACUGCUCAUUGCGACUGAAAACACUCAAAUUGAAGCCAUGCGUGUCUUAGUUCAUUCUCAAGUGCGGUUGGAUUCUUUAAACAACAAGCAUCAAAACGUACUUCACAUUGCAAGCAUGAAUGGUAGCUUUACUGAUUAUGAUAUGGUAAAGUCUCUACUCAACAAAGGGGUCUCCCCAUAUAUCUGUGAUGAAGGCAACAUGACGCCUUUCCUCUACGCAAUUGGGGACCGACGUACAGAACUUGCUCAAACCUUUCUCAACUAUGGCUUGAACCUGGAAUCUAGGGUUCAAAGGCGGUCGUGGCCCGGACGAAUCACAGUGAGCAGCUUACCAUAUGGAAUGGUUAAGGGCCAGGAUGAGAACAUGGAAUCCGGGCUAACAGCACUCCAUUUCGCGGCCCUCAAUGCAUGUACAGAGAUGGCUGUCCUCUUGCUUCAGCGUGGGGCCGAUCCUAACGCUUGUUCUGAUUUUGGAGACACUCCUCUACAUCUUGGGAUUAGGCACGGGCUUCUUGGCCGCAGGAAUGAUGAUGAAUGGGAGGUUGGUCGGUAUGCCGUCGAGUCAUUGACUGACUUCAUUGAGGAUCAUGAGGGUUCGGAAGCUUCUGAUAUCUAUCGAAACAUCAGCAAUACUAGGAUACGCAUUGUUGAGAUACUCCUCGAAAGCGAAUCUAUCAAUGUCAACACGGCUAACAAUCAUGGGGACUAUCCUCAACAUUUGAUCGACUUCCAUCGACCUCAGGCGUUGUCUAUCUUGGAAAAGCUUAUGGAAAAUGGAGCCGAUGCAUUACAACCAAACGGAGAUCGUCAGACGUGUCUUCACCUCGCUAGCAAAGCAGGAAAUCUGGCCGUGGUUUGCAAACUCGUGGAAGAAGGUCAUGAUAUUAUGUUGGAGGACUCCCACGGUCGCAGCCCAUUUUACUAUGCAGUCUCCAGGGGUUGCCUGGAUAUCCUAUCUUUGAUGUCAAAAAUCUGCGAUCGUGUGCUUCCAGAGGUCUGGAGCUCCCUUGACCACUUUGGCAGAACUCCGUUACAUCAUCAUGUUGCAUCUGUUUUUUGCUCAGCUGAAGUCAUCAAUUUCCUAAUUCAAAUUGGCUGCGAUGUUAGUCAGUCAGACAGGGCCGGAAACUCACCCUUGGGCCUCUAUGUGAGCUCAUUUCACCUAUCAAUUCGGAGCAAGAUAUUCUUUUUGCUUGUUCAGAAAGGUGCCGAUCCGCACUGGAUGAAUGAAAACGGACAAACGUUAGCACAUCUUAUCAUGCAUCGCCAGGGAGCAGAUACCACGAUCCUUGAGUAUUUGUUUACCGUGGGUAUAGAUCCAGCUACCAGAGAUCUUGAUGGGAGAACAUUAAUGCAUCACGGAGCUCUUCAUGGUGCUUUUACUGAGGAUCUGAUGAAUUUUCUUAAUUGCCAAGGUGUCCUAGACCAUUAUCUCACGGCCACCGACUUCACCUGCAAGACUCCUCUCGACUAUGCGAAGGAGAUGGUUCAUCGAGAGACACACGGAGAUGUGUAUGAUGACCCAAGAUGGAAAGAAUCGUUGAAGAACCUGAAUGCAACAUUGCCAUCGUGUACUAGUGAAGGUGCGAAGUGA